AUGGCGGCGGGCGGCGACACGGCGGCGUGGGGGGAGGAGCCCGUGGCGCGGCGCCGGCCCAAGACCAAGAUCGUCUGCACGCUCGGCCCGGCGUCGCGGUCCAUCGAGAUGAUCUCGCGCCUGCUGCGCGCCGGCAUGUGCGUCGCGCGCUUCAACUUCUCCCACGGCUCCCACGAGUACCACCAGGAGACGCUCGACAACCUCCGCGCCGCCAUGGAGCUCACCGGGAUCCUCUGCGCCGUUAUGCUCGACACUAAGGGUCCAGAGAUUCGAACUGGUUUUUUGAAAGAUGGGAAGCCUAUUCAGUUGAAAAAAGGUCAAGAAAUCACAAUUUCCACAGACUACAGCAUUAAGGGUGAUGAGAAAAUGAUAUCGAUGAGCUACAAGAAGCUUGUGGAUCUGAAGCCAGGCAGUGUGAUAUUGUGUGCUGAUGGUACCAUCACUCUUACUGUGCUUCUCAGCAAUAAAGAACAAGGUUUGGUUCGCUGCCGUUGUGAGAACACUUGGAUGCUUGGUGAGAGGAAGAAUGUUAAUCUUCCAGGAGUUAUUGUUGAUCUCCCCACACUCACAGACAAGGACAAGGAGGACAUCCUUAAGUGGGGUGUUCCAAACAAGAUUGACAUGAUUGCCUUGUCAUUUGUUCGGAAGGGUUCGGAUCUUGUGGAGGUUAGGAAGGUACUUGGUGAGCAUGCCAAGUCCAUAAUGCUGAUGUCAAAGGUUGAGAAUCAAGAGGGAGUAGCUAACUUUGAUGAUAUCCUGGCAAACUCUGAUGCUUUUAUGGUGGCAAGAGGUGAUUUAGGGAUGGAAAUUCCUAUAGAGAAGAUUUUCUUUGCACAGAAGGUGAUGAUUUUCAAGUGCAAUAUUCAAGGCAAGCCUGUUGUGACUGCAACCCAGAUGUUGGAAUCUAUGAUCAAGUCUCCUCGCCCUACUCGGGCAGAAGCAACCGAUGUUGCAAACGCAGUUCUUGAUGGCACGGACUGUGUCAUGCUCAGUGGUGAGACUGCUGCUGGGGCUUAUCCAGAGCUGGCGGUGCAGACUAUGUCCAAGAUCUGCCUACAAGCAGAGUCUUGCGUAGACCAUGCUGCUGUUUUCAAAUCAAUCAUGGCUUCAGCUCCAAUUCCAAUGAGCCCAUUGGAGAGCCUUGCAUCAUCAGCUGUUCGCACAGCAAACACUGCCAAGGCAGUACUUAUCUUGGUCCUGACCAAGGGAGGAACAACGGCUAGGCUUGUGGCCAAGUAUAGGCCAUCCAUGCCGAUUCUGUCCGUUGUGGUUCCUGAGCUGAAGACAGACUCGUUCGACUGGACCUGCAGUGACGAGGGGCCGGCAAGGCACAGCCUCAUUGUGAGGGGUGUCAUCCCAAUGCUGAGUGCCACCACUGCCAAGGCCUCUGACAGCGAAGCCACUGACGAAGCUCUUGGUUUUGCCAUUGAAAAUGGGAAGGCGAUGGGGCUAUGCAACGCCGGUGAGUCCGUUGUGGCCCUGCACCGCAUCGGGACUGCAUCCGUCAUCAAGCUCCUGACUGUGAACUAG